AUGGUAAGAGGCUUCAGCCUCUUCGUCGGAAACAUUUCGUACGACACCAACCAGAAAGAUCUCAGCCGCAUAUUCGGUAAAUAUGGAAAGCUCAGUGACGUGUUCACGUCCCGAGAUGAGAAAUUCAACUGCCCUAGGGGUUUUGCCUUUGUCAGAUUUCUGUAUGCGGCAUAUGCAUAUGCAGCUAUGGGGAUCUCCCUCGGCCAAACCUUUCUACUCCACGGACUGCAGGCCCAUCCUUCCUCGAAAUUGCUGCAGCAGGGGAUUGGUUUCAUCCCGUGGGAUAUCACGGUUCGGGUUGUUUGGAUUGCCAUGGGAUACAAAAUUUUUUCAUCUCACCAGCACCAACAGCUUCUCUUUACACGUAACGGAAUAUCAAACCCAAAAUUGGUCGAUUUACAGUCAUGCCAGAAGCAUCAGAUGAGCAAUUACCACGAAAACAAGACAUCUGAUGAAAAUGACAACAACCUCUACAUAUGA